UACCUCGUUCUCCACACAACACUCCUUCCUUCAUCCGUUUCUUCCUCUUCUUCUUCUUCUUCUUCUUCUUCUUCUUAUUGUUUUUGUUGUUGUUGAUAUUAUUGUUAUCGGAAGAUAUAAUACAUAAUUACCUCGUUUCAAUGGCGGAUACUGGGAGUUCAGCCUCUGGAAGGAGGAUGUGGUGUUCCGUGCCUGAAAGAUUACAGCUGCACAUGGCCAUGUUGGCCUUGCAGUUUGGUUAUGCUGGUUUCCAUGUAGUUUCCAGAGCUGCCCUUAACAUGGGCAUUAGCAAGCUUGUCUUCCCUGUUUAUAGGAACAUCAUUGCUUUGAUUCUCCUCCUUCCUUUCGCCUAUUUCUUAGAGAAGAAAGAGAGGCCAGCCAUCACCCUUAACUUUCUCCUCCAGUUUUUCGUCCUUGCACUUAUUGGAAUAACUGCAAACCAAGGAUUCUACUUGCUAGGAUUGGACAAUACAUCUCCCACCUUCGCAUCUGCAAUCCAAAACUCUGUUCCUGCCAUUACCUUUCUCAUGGCAGCCCUACUCCGGAUAGAGAAAGUUCGUCUAGACAGAAAAGAUGGUAUAGCGAAGGUGAUAGGCACUGCCUGCUGUGUGGUUGGGGCAUCAGUUAUUACUCUAUACAAGGGUCCCGCCAUAUAUAGCCCAGUUCCACCGCUACAAAGACCCGAUUCCAUGUUCGUUACUCUGGGUGAUGCUAAGGGCAAGAAUUGGAGUCUAGGUUGUAUAUACCUCAUUGGCCAUUGCUUGUCAUGGUCCGGUUGGCUCGUGUUGCAGGCACCGGUUCUAAAGAAGUACCCAGCUCGGCUCUCAGUCACCUCCUACACCUGCUUCUUUGGGAUUAUUCAGUUCUUGGUCAUCGCGGGGUUUGCCGAGAGAGAUCCACAGGCUUGGAUGUUUCACUCCGGUGGAGAGCUCUUCACUAUCCUCUAUGCGGGGGUGGUGGCAUCUGGGAUAGCAUUCGCUGUACAGAUAUGGUGUAUUGACAGAGGUGGCCCAGUCUUCGUGGCAGUCUAUCAACCUGUUCAGACUCUUGUUGUCGCCAUUAUGGCCUCCAUUGCUUUAGGCGAAGAAUUCUACUUGGGAGGGAUCAUCGGAGCAGUGCUGAUCAUCAUAGGUCUAUACCUUGUCUUAUGGGGGAAAAGCGAAGAGAGGAAGCUUUCGCAAGAAAGGGCAGUGAUUCAGUCCCCGCCGGAGCACAGCAACAGAACAAGCACCCACAUCAAGACUUCCCUUACUCAGCCACUCCUCCCUUCGUCAACCGAAAACGUUUGACCAGAGAAGAACGUUGACCUAAAUCCACGUGUCGGCCAAGGAGAGGAUCAAAAAAAGCAAAAGAAAAGAACCCGCCUUACUAAAUCAGAGAGCUUUGUCAGUGUGUGUAUGAAUUUCUACAAUUUCUAUUUUCGCCCCUAAGUUUUUGGAUAUUUACGUUUGUAGUAAAAAAAAAAAAAAAAAAAGAGGAGUUUUUCUCUCAAGAGAGUUUUUGAAGGGGAUGGCCCACAUGUGGGCCAGGGAUGACGUGGAAAAAUUUAAUCUCCUUUGUAUGGUUUUAUAAUUAAAAUAUGGUUUGAUUUACGGGAAAAAAAAAUUAUAAUGUUGAUUAAUGGGAAGAUGAUGAUGGUUUGAAAUGAA